CGGAGGGCGGCGGGGCGCGCGCGGCUGCGGCGUGAGGUGGGCGCCGCGGUGUGCCCUGCCCUCGCGAGGGAAGCCUCGGUGCGGCGCCGCCGGUGUCCGCCACCGGCCCGGGGCUGUUCCCCGCUCACGCUCAGGCUCCUUUAUGCCGUCGUGAGAUGCUGCGAGCUUCGUCACCUGCUGGAACCCGCAGUCCACAACUUCUACACUCCCGCCACGUCCGGAGAAGCCGGUAUUUGAAGACCCUAUUCCUGGCAAAUGACAAGGCACGAGGCCCAGUACUUACCUUGCACAGUUCAAAAACGCAGUGGGUGUCCCUAAAUAUUACCAGCCAGUUAGGUUUCCUGCUGUUGUUUGUCUUUUAAUAGGUUUCCGAGGACCGAACUGAAGCUGAAAAAUAACUGUUGCAUGCAAGCUUUAAAAAACUUGACUGAAUAUUGUUUAUGAGCCAUAUAUUUAUGUAUCAUUUUUCUUAUGAUUGCAGUAGGUGACUGCAACAGCAUAUGGCCACACUGCUUAUGUCAACAUUGCCGUCACAAAAACCAGUGAGGAGUUCUGAUCUUACAUAAAAUGGAUGUUUCUCACACUGUUACUGAACAUUAAGUAGAUAAUCUAUUCAGUAAAAUCCAAGCUGCAAUGGAAGAAAUACCAGUAAAAGUCGCUGUAAGAAUUAGACCUCUGCUUUGCAAAGAAGUUCUUCAUAAUCAUCAAGUUUGUGUGAGGGAUAUUCCAAACACCCAGCAGAUUAUCAUUGGGAGAGAUAGAGUUUUUACUUUUGAUUUUGUUUUUGGCAAAAAUUCCACUCAAGAUGAAGUUUAUAAUAUAUGCAUAAAGCCCCUAGUGUUAUCACUCAUUGAGGGCUAUAACGCAACGGUUUUUGCAUAUGGACAAACUGGAUCUGGGAAGACAUACACCAUUGGAGGAGGCCAUGUUGCGUCAGUUGUGGAGGGUCAAAAGGGUAUCAUUCCUCGGGCUAUCCAGGAGAUAUUUCAAAGCAUCUCUGAAAACCCUAGCAUUGACUUUAAAAUCAAAGUAUCAUAUAUAGAAGUGUAUAAGGAAGACCUCAGAGAUCUUCUAGAGUUGGAGACUUCCAUGAAGGACCUUCACAUCCGAGAAGAUGACAAGGGGAACACAGUGAUUGUUGGGGCCAAGGAAUGCCAAGUAGAGAGCGUGGAUGAAGUAAUGAGUCUUCUGGAGGUAGGGAAUGCGGCCAGGCACACCAGCACCACCCAGAUGAAUGAGCACUCCAGUAGAUCCCAUGCAAUUUUUACAAUAAGCAUUUGCCAAGUUGAGAAAAAUACAGAGGCAGCUGAAGAUGGAGAGUGGUAUUCACAUCGGCAUAUUGUCUCCAAAUUCCAUUUUGUGGAUUUGGCUGGAUCAGAAAGAGUGACCAAAACGGGGAACACUGGUGAACGAUUCAAAGAGUCCAUUCAAAUCAACAGUGGGCUGCUUGCUUUAGGAAACGUAAUAAGUGCCCUUGGGGACCCACGCAGGAAGAGCUCUCAUAUUCCAUAUAGGGAUGCUAAAAUUACCCGGCUUCUGAAGGAUUCCCUGGGAGGCAGUGCCAAGACUGUCAUGAUCACGUGCGUCAGCCCAUCCUCCUCAGAUUUUGACGAGUCCUUAAAUUCUCUCAAAUAUGCCAACAGAGCACGAAACAUUAGAAACAAACCCACUUUAAAUUUUAGCCCUGAGUCAGACCGAAUGGAUGAGAUGGAAUUUGAGAUUAAGUUGCUUCGAGAAGCUUUGCAGAGCCAUCAGGCCAGUAUCAGCCAAACUAGCCAGACCCCUUCAGAAGGUAUUCCUGACCAGAAUCGGAUCCAUUCUCUAGAGGAACAGGUAUCUCAGCUCCAGGAGGAAUGUCUGGGCUACCAGGACUGCAUAGAGCAAGCAUUCACCUUCCUGGUGGACUUAAAAGAUGCUGUCAGGCUAAACCAGAAACAGCAGCACAAGCUACAGGAGUGGUUUAGCAGGACUCAGGAAGUCAGGAAGGCUGUCCUCGCCCCAUUCCCAGGACACCAGGGCAUUGGGAACCUGGAGGAAGGACCCCAGCAUGUGACAGUUCUCCAGCUGAAGAGAGAACUUAAGAAAUACCAGAAUGAAAAGAUAAUAGAACAGCAACUUCUUGUGGAUCAGCUGAGUGAAGAACUCGCAAAAUUUAACCUGUCAGUGACGUCUUCAGUUAAGGAAAAUUGUGGAGACGGGCCUGAUGCCAGGAUCUCUGAAAAGAGACCUCACACGGUACCAUUUGAUAGUCACGGGGGACAUCAUGUUUACAUCCCAGCAAGGCAGGAUUCCAAGCAGGUUUACUCCAGUCCUCCUAUAUACUCUCUGGAUCAAGUAUUCGCUGGGUUCCGGACUCGAAGCCAGAUGCUCAUGGGUCACUUAGAAGAACAAGACGAAGUUGUCCACUGCCAGUUUUCUGACAACAGCGAUGAUGAAGAGUCAGAGCGCCAAGAUAAACCUAGAACUAGAUCUAGAAGUCACUCAUGGGUCAAAAAGCCAGGCUCUGCUUGCUCUCUUGUUGAAUUAAGUGAUCCUCAGGAUGAAGCCCAUAAGUCCCAUCUGGGAAAUGGAGAUUUGAAGAUGGAAUGUCUCCAGGAGAGUCAAGAGUUAAAUUUGCAAAAAUUAAGGACUUCAGAAUUCAUACUUAAUAAAGCUAAACAAAAAAUGAGAGAACUUACAAUUAACAUCAGGAUGAAAGAAGAUCUGAUCAAAGAGUUAAUAAAAACAGGUGACAAUGCCAAGUCUAUGAGCAGACAGUAUUCUUUGAAGGUAACAAAACUGGAACAUGAAGCUGAGCGAGCGAGAGUGGAGCUCACUGAAACCCGAAAGCAGCUGCAGGAGCUGGAAAGCAAAGAACUUUCUGAUGUUGCUUUGAAGAUAAAGUUACAGAAAGAGUUCCGUAAAAAGAUGGAUGCUGCAAAGCUGAGAGUUCAGGUCUUACAAAAGAAGCAGCAGGAUAGUAAGAAGUUGGCAUCACUGUCCAUCCAGAACGAGAAGCGUGCCAGCGAGCUGGAGCAGAACGUGGAUCACCUGAAGUACCAGAAAAUGCAACUGCAGAGAAGGCUUCUUGAAGAGAGCGAGAAAAAGAAGCACCUGGAUGCAGAGAUUAAGAGAGACCAACAAAAAAUCAAAGAGCUGCAGUUAAAAACAGGACAAGGAGAAGAUCUGAACCCAAAGGCUGAAGAUCUCGAUGGAUUUAACUCGAACAGAAGAAAAGGUCCUUUUAGAAGUGUGGACCAACUCCAGAAAUUGGAUGAGCAAAAGAAAUGGUUAGAUGAAGAAGUAGAGAAAGUUUUGAACCAACGCCAAGAACUAGAGAUGCUGGAAGAAGACCUGAAGAAACGCGAAGCCAUCAUCUCUAAAAAGGAAGCCCUGCUACAGGAGAAGAGCCACCUGGAAAAUAAGAAGCUGCACUCUAGUCAGGACUUAAGCACAGAUAGUCUGAAAAUAUCAACUCGCCUGAACUUGUUGGACCAAGAGUUGUCAGAAAAAAGCUCGCAACUUGAGAGCAGCACAGCUGAGGAGAAAGUCAAGAUUGCAGAACAGGUGCAGGCUCUCCAAAGAGAGAAGGGUCAGCUGCAGAGACAGAGAAGCCUCAUGGACGAAAAGCUUCAGAAUGGCAGAGUGCUGUCCCCCAAAGAAGAACAUCUUCUUUUCCAACUUGAAGAAGGAAUAGAAGCCUUGGAAGCUGCAAUUGAAUUCGAGAACGAAAGCAUCCAGAGUCGCCAGAACUCACUUAGAGCAUCAUUCCAAAAUCUCUCUCAGAGUGAAGCUAAUGUCGUGGGGAAACUAGUUUGCCUAAAUCUUACUGAGAUUAGAGCUAUUCUUUUCAAAUAUUUCAAUAAGGUGAUUAAUUUGCGAGAAACUGAACGCAAACAACAGUUGCAGAAUAAGGAGAUGAAAGUGAAGGUUCUGGAACUGGAUAACAUGGUCCAUGAGUUAGAGUCUGCACUGGAGCAUCUGAGACUGCAGUGUGACCGAAGACUGACCCUCCAGCAAAAGGAACACGAACAAAAGAUGCAGCUGUUGUUACAUCAUUUCAGAGAGCAAGAUGGAGAAGGCAUUAUAGAAACCUUAAAAAAAUAUGAAGAUAAAAUCCAGCAACUGGAAAAAGAUCUUUACUUCUAUAAGAGAACCAGCAGAGAUCUUAAGAAGAAACUGAAAGAGACUGCCCAAGGAGGAGCAUCCCCGUGGCAGCCCUCAUUAGCAGAGCACCAUGAUGCUGGAGAUGGAGUCCUGAAUCCAGAAGAGGCAACUGUGCUUUCUGAAGAACUAAAAUGGGCAUCUAGAACUGAAAAUACGAAAUUGAAUGGAAGAGAAAGAGAAGUAGACAAUUCUUCAAGUAGCUUAAAAACCGAACCAUUGCCAGUGCAGACUCUGGAAGGUAGCCCAGACUCACUUCCAGUCCACGGCUCCUUAGCACCCUCCAGUGGCCAACUGUUGACCAAUGCCGAUAAACCAGAGGACCAUCCCUUCAUACAACCUCAGAGUCCACCACCCUCCCAAUUUCAUCCUGUGGGAAAUACAGGGCAGCUUCAGGGUCUCAAGCCUGUCAAACUGUGUCGCAGAGAAUUACGUCAGAUUUCUGCUUUGGAGCUGUCAUUGCGACGCUCCAGUCUUGGAGCUGGGGCCCGGUCUGUAAUUGCUGAUUCCCUUGAAGUACCUGGGGAAACCUAGUGACUUCAAAGCAUAGGCAUUGAACAAUAAAACUUUUAAUUUAGUAAAUAUGGGAAUGAUCCCUUUUUCUAACUUACAAAAUGAAAACUCAAGGUCACCAGCUUUUUCCCAGGAUAUAGGAAAGGGGGGGGGGGGGGUUGAUGGUACUCUUCUUUUUUUUUUUUUCAUUUUUCUUUAUUAAGAAAUUUUCUACUCACUCCACAUACCAUCCACAGAUCCCCCCUCCUUCCUCCUCCCACCCCCCAGCUCUCUCUCCCAAGCCACCCCACAUCCCCCAAAUUGAGGUCUCCCAUGGGGAGUCAGCAGAGCCCAGCACACUGAGCCUAGGCAGGUCCAAGCCCCUUCCCACUGCACCAAGGCUGUGCAAGGCGUCACACCACAGGCACCGGAUUCCCAGAAGCCUGUCCAUAGACCAGGGACAGAUCCCGAUCCCCCUGCCUGGGUGCCCCCUAGCCAAAACCUGGAAACAACCUAGAUGCCCCUCAACUGAAGAAUGGAUAAAGAAAAUGUGGCACAUAUACACAAUGGAGUACUACUCAGCAGUAAAAAACAAUGAUAUCAUGAAAUUUGCAGGCAAAUGGAUGGAACUAGAAAAUAUCAUCUUGAGUGAGGUAACCCAGACUCAGAAGGACAAACAUAGUAUGUACCCACUCAUAAGUGGAUUCUAGAUGUGAGGGAAAGGAUGGCCAGAUGGUACUCUUGUGUACUAUAGUGUAUUUUGGGGUUUUACUAUUUCAUAAAUGCAUUUUUGAAUGCUUGGUACAUUGAACUAUUUCUACUUAUAUAAAUAUGUUUAAGUUCUUUUCCAGGAAUAUUUGCUUUAUUUUUUUAAGCACAUUUGAAGAACAAAACUAAGACUAAAACACUUUUCAAAUGUAUAUUAUUCUAUAUAAUAUAAAGGCAUAUUAUAGAAGUACAUUAUAACCCUUAAGUAUUGUUAAAGUAUACAUAUGUUGCUAUUUUUUUAGCUCCAGAUAAAUCCCAGUUGUGCCAGAGUUACCUACCUACUGUGUUUGUUUGGUAAGAUGAAAAUGUUUGCCAGAAUUAAGCCUGAGGGCCAAGGGUGCAUCACGGUUGUUAGGAUCCACAGAGGUGGCACAUCAGCCUUAACUCUAAUAUGGUAUCUUUCAUUUUUAUAGUUAUAUAUUCUUUGUUUGAUAAUACAAUAGAAUACAAGUUUUCACCUUUAUCUUGCCCUGUGCAUUUCGCAUCCCUCUCAUAUGAUGACAGAAUUGUGAGAAAUGUCUGCAGCUCCUGGAACAGGACAGGGAACCACACAGAGUAACAUAAAACAUUCCAGCAUUCUAAGAAGCAGCAUGGCCUUGUGGAGUACGUGGGUAAUGCAUGCAUCUGAUAGGCUAAACGCUGAGACCUGACAAUCUCAGCUUUCCAGCUUUGAAGACCUGAUGGCACUGGGGUGUAAAUAUGUACAUGAAAUCUUGUUAACAUUUCCCUUUAAGUUUUUUUCCGGUUCAAUUAAAUGAGCAAUUAGUUCUUUCCUGCCAUAAUUGUCUAUGGUAGGCAACAUCUCAUUAUAAUGCCCUGAAAUAUUGUUCCUUUUCCAAACUUUCAUGUGUAAGUCAAGGUUGGUUUUUGUUUUGGUUUGAGUUUUUUCGACUAAAGUUGUGUGGAGCCAGUAGCUUACAGGUGUUUACUCAGUUCCCACUGAACUCUUUUGCCACCUCCUUCCUUGCUGAGUUCAUUUUUUAAAAGUCUAUCUAUGUUUACACACACACACACACACACACACACACACACACACACACACACACAUAAUAUCAUAUAUUAGUCUCAUGGCAAAAAGUCUGUGCCUUCAACUAAAUAUAAGUUAUAUGUUAAUCUGGGUGUGGUGGCGCACGCCUUUAACUCUGGAGGCAGAGGCAGGUGGAUCUCUGUCUGCCUGGUCUAUAUAGUGAGCCCUAGGACAACCAGGUGCUAUGGGAUGGUCUGUAUGGCAAAUGUGUUGCUGAUUGGUCAAUAAAUAAAACACUGAUUGACCAUUGGCUAGGCAGGAAGUAUAGGCGGGACAAGGAGGAGAAUAAAGCUGGGAAGUGGAAGGCUGAGUCAGAGAGACACUGCCAGCCACCACGAUGACAAACAGCAUGUGAAGAUGCCGGUAAGCCAUGAGCCAUGUGGCAAGGUAUAGAUUUAUAGAAAUGGAUUAAUUUAAGAUAUAAGAACAGUUAGCAAGAAGCCUGCCAUGGCCAUAUAGUUUGUAACCAAUAUAAGUCUCUGUGUUUACUUGGUUGGGUCUGAGUGGCUGUGGGACUGGCGUGUGUCAGAGAUUUGUCCUGACUGUGGGCCAGGCAGGAAAACUCUAGCUACAACCAGGACUACAUAGACCUUGUCUCAAAAAACAAUUAUGUAGUAGUAAAUACCUUUUUAUUAAUGAAGGUCUUAACUGUAAAUUUCUUUAAGAAUAAAUAACAUGCUAUGCCUCAGUAAUUAAUUCAUACAAUUAUGUGUUUUGAUUCUAGAAUCUCUUUUACCCAAGGAAUUAAAACAUUUACUGUACCUGUGGAAAUAUAAACCUUGUUUUCACUAACAAAGCAACAGAAGUUACAUAAAACUACAAUGAUUUCAUCAGAUAAUACAAAUAUGAAUUGAUUGCCAAGUAACAAAAGUAUGCUUUCCCCCAUUUUGUUAAACAUUUCAUUUGUAUCUUGUAUAUGUUUUGAUAGAUUUUAUUCACAUACUAAAACAUAUAUAAUGUUCCAAACAUGUAAUUUAGGUGUGAACAAUUCAUUCUAGUUAGGUCAGUAUGCUUACAGAGUAAUCAAAAUAUAAGGUACCUCCUCCCCAAACUCAGCCCCAUUCUCCAUGGGGUGUGCAUGCAUUUGCCUGCUCAUGCAUAUUCACUGUGCAUGUGCCUGUGGAGGCCAGAGAAGGAAGUUGGGUACUUUCCACAUAAUUUUUGGGAAAAGAGUUUCUCACUGAACCUAAUCACUAUUUAGACUAGUCUGGCUAGCCAGCAAGCCCCCAAGAGCACCUGCUUCUCUGCCCGCCCUGCCUUGCACUGCCCUGCCCUGCCCCUGCAAUGCUGGGGUUUAUAGUCCCCACCACCCCUGGACUGAACUCAGAUCCUCAUGCUCAAGCAACAAGCAUUUGACCUCCUGAGCCAUCUCCUCAGCCUGACUUUCUCAGUGUAUAUAAAAUGGGGGCUUUGUUUGGUUUUGUUUUUUCAAGACAGGGUUUCUCUGUAUAGCCCUGGCUGUCCUGGAACUCACUCUGUAGACCAGGCUGGCCUGGAACUCAGAGAUUCAUCUGCUUCCCUAGCUGGUAUUAAAGGUGUAUGCCACCACCUCUGAGCAUAUAUAAAACAGGAUCUUUGUUGUUCGGUAUAUUCUCACAUUUUCCACAUGCAACAGAAUAUUUAAAGGGAGAAUGGUUUGCCUCUUUAAAAUAUCCUUUCACUCCCUAACUGGAGUGUUUGUAGGAGAAGUUUGUAAAUCUGGAACCGUGGGUAAUGACAACAGGAUGUAGGUGCUUCUGCACCCCGUCCUGUGCUGGGGUCAUCACAGGCUGUGGGCACACUCGGAGGUGCUCUGCUGCCCUCACAGGCACUGGAUGCUGCUUUAGUUUGAUUUCACUUCUGAUGGAAUUGUUUGGGCCCCUCAGUUAUUCAUAUCCUUAUGAACCUGGAGUUCAAAGAGUCAACAGAAAUACAUUAUGAUUUUUAAUGACAUGGACUUGAUUUUCGUUAGCUAUUACUUUGUUUAUAAUAACCUACAGCAAUAAAGUCAGGCUUAUUUAAGAACAGGUGCCUUACAUGAUUGGUUAUAAUGGAAUCAAAUCACUAGUAAGGGCAGUUCGUGCUCAGCACAGGUUCUCAAACAUUAGGUGCAGGAUGAUACACAGGGGUCCAAGUAGAAGGUCAUUCAUAGUGACAGUUCUCUUCUUUGGAAUUUUAAAAAUAUUAUGUGUAUCUUACAUUUAAAACUGGAACAUGCUAUAGGCUGUCUUAAUCUGAGUAACAUUUUCAAAACGUACCAAAUGUGAGAAUGAGCCCCUCUCCAGUAACUGUCUCUAGCGCUCUGAGUACUGGCUUUGAGCCUGUAACGUUGCCGUUUACCACAAGAGCACAUCUACCCAGCAGGCAGUGUUUGACCACUGCAGUCGCUGCUGACGGCUGACUUUUCAAGGGAUUUAACUGUUUAAAUUCUCUACAGAAAUACACGCCUCACCUGCACAUGGUCACUGCUUAUUUGCUCCUCUUAGAAUGAACUGCUCACAGGCACCAAAUACUGAAAAUGGUAUUUGAUGGUCAUAACAUCCUUUGAAUUGAACCAAGCAUGGGAGUAAUCAGAACCAGGGAAGUUAUAAAAAAACAAAACAAAACUAAAAGCCUUAUGUUACAGUGUCAGUUUUUAAUGUUUCCAGUGGUUUUCAUUUGCUCCCACUCGAGACAAUUUUAUUAGAAUUUAAGAGAAAUCCCUCCCCUAGGGAAGGCAAGCUGUAUUUGUCUCUUUUAAUAUAUUUUAAUUUUUUUUAUAGGAAGGCCCUUGUAACAGAGUCCGAGACCUUAGCACAACUGACUCCAUGAUGGAAGUGUCAUUCAGGCUGCAACACUCAGUGUGUAGACAGCACCACCAGCAAAACCUUUUCAGAGGCAAAAACCAUCCAAGCCCACAGUUGUGGGAAGUCUCUAAAUGUACUAACCUUGCUUUUUGGCUUCUGUAGUUAGUUACACUUCUGGCUAACUGUUCUUAUUAACUGAAGUAUGUCAACCCAGAACAUGUUUUUUGUGCUUAAAAUUUCACCCUGAGAAAGGCUCAGGGCUACACUGGGAUCCCGAACACCCAGUGUAGUCGAUAGCCGGCUAAUAAAGACUUUCUAUUGGCUUAAACCCACAUCUGAGCUGUCUUCUCUGGUGGAUCCCCGCAACAGUCCCUAGUCACAGAACUGCCUUUAUUUGGUAGCAAUGUAAUUUGAACCCAAAGAUACUAAAUUAGACCUAGGUGCUAUAUUCUACUGGCUGAUUUUAACACAGAGACCUCUACUGGGUUAUUGCUACAUUGCUUUCAGAGAGACAGAACCAUUUCUCAGACCUCAUUCUAAUGUGUAAGAUCCUUGAUGCUCAAGGGAUAGAGCCACUCAGAAAACAGUAAAAAGUUUAAAACCUUUUUAAAUGCUGUGUCAUUAAAGUAUAACAAAGGAAAUUACUUCAAAAUUAUUUAUGUUUCAUGUUUCAAGCUUGUUACAAUAUAUACAAAAUAAAAUAUGAUUUUUCAAAUCCA